UUUUUCAUAUUAUUUGGUUAUUUAAAAACUGUUGCUUUAAGGUUUGUGUGGUCAUUUCUGACCGGAGCAUUUUAUAUUUAGAAUUUUUGAAAAAUCACAGCUUCAUCGGAAUGAUAUGAAACUUGGUGACUUUUAUGGCACUUGGAAUGUGAACAGAAAAAAAUUGAGGGCAUGAUUUGAACCGGCUAACCGCCCACUUAGACCAAGAACCACUCUUGGUCUUCGGUCAAAAAUGACCGACCAUAGGAAAUGAAUGGGAAAUAGACAAAAACACAAUAAUUCAGAGAACAUUUGUGUGUACAAUCUAUAAAUCGGCCAAAAAACUGAAAGAACACAGCAGUGACACUCUAAAACAUCAAGAGUGUGAUAUAGACACAUCCAAUCACACACAGAUGCGCGCGCACACACACACACACCUAAGAACUACUGUGUAACACAGAGCAAAGUUUUGAGAAUAUGUGAAAUCCAUUCAAUAAUUCAGCCAUGAUGCAGAAAAAGCUCAUAGGAGCUCUGUGCCGAGAGCAUAAGUAAAAAAAAAAAAAAUACAAAAUUGUCACGUGACGAUAUGUUCCUGAAGGCCAUGCAUCACUUCAUUCAUUAUUUGCUUGCCCACAUUUCUCUCUUGACCAAGGACUGUACAUAAAUGGAAGUCUCUCUACCCAUUUUCCCCAAAUCUCUCGGACAGGUGCCAGCUUGUCAUUUUGCUUUCCUGCAGCUCUUGUUCUCUUGUCAUCAAUACGUUGAUAAUACAAAUGAUGCAUUAGGACUUGCAUUUACUGACCUAAUAAACUCUUUUGGAGUCAAGCAAAAUGUCACCGGGCCCACUCAUUGUUUUAAUCAUACGCUAGAUUUAAUUAUAUCGCAUGGAAUUGAUCUUACUGAUAUAGAUAUCGUACCUCAAAGUGAUGAUGUUACUGACCAUUUCCUUGUAUCGUGCAUGCUGCAUAUUACUGAUAUUAACUAUAUGGCUCCGCGUUAUCGCCCAGGAAGAACUAUUGUUCCAGCCACUAAAGACAGAUUCACAAAUAACCUGCCUGAUUUAUCUCAACUGCUCUGUGUACCCAUAAAUACACAUGAACUAGACGAAAUGACUAGCAACAUGAGCACUAUCUUCUCUAAUACAUUAGAAGCUGUUGCCCCCAUCAAAUUGAAAAAGGUUAGAGAAAAACGUACUGCGCCAUGGUACAACAGUUAUACCCAUUCUCUCAAGAAAAAAACUCGUAAUCUUGAGCGCAAAUGGAGAAAAACUAACUUGGAAGUUUUUAGAAUUGCGUGGAAAAACAGUAUGUCCAGCUAUAGACAGGCUCUAAAAGCUGCCAGGAUCGAGCAUAUCCGAAAACUCACAGAAAAUAACCAAAACAAUCCAAGGUUUUUAUUUAGCACAGUGGCUAGACUAACAAAUAACCAGACGCCACCCAAUCUAAAUAUUCCCUCACAGUUUAAUAGUAAUGACUUUAUGAAUUUCUUCACUGAUAAAAUAGAUAACAUCAGAAAUAUAACAAAUGUGACCCUGGACCACAAAACCAGUCUUAAGUGUUAUUUUUUUAAAUUGAGUUUUAUACAUCACAUGAAAGCUAAAUAAAUAAGCUUUCCAUUGAUGUAUGAUUUGUUAGGAUUGGACAAUAUUUGGCCGAGAUACAACUAUUUGAAAAUCUGUAAUCCAAGGGUGCAAAAAAAAUCUAAAUUUUUAAAGUUGUCCGUAUGAAUUCUUAGCAAUACAUAUUACUAAUCAAAAAUGACGUUUUGAUAUAUUUACAGUAGUAAAUUUACAAAAUAUCUUCAUGGAAUAUGAUCUUUACUUAAUAUACUAAUGAUUUUUGGCAUAAAAGAAAAAUCUAUAAUUUUGACCCAUACAGUGUAUUUUUGGCUAUUGCUACAAAUAUACCCCAGCGACUUAAGACUGGUUUUGUGGUCCAGGGUCAGUAUUUAUGUCUAAUACUUUAGAAAAAGUUGUGUCUGCUCAACUGUGCUCCUUCCUGCAAAAAAAAAAAAAAAAAGAUCUCUAUGACGAAUUUCUGUCAGGUUUCAGGCCCCAUCACAGCACAAAAACUGCACUUGUUAAAAUUACAAAUGACUUGCUUCUUGCGUCAGACCAAGGCUGCAUCUCAUUGCUAGUUUUACUUGAUCUUAGUGCUGCGUUCGACACUAUAGACCAUGACAUACUCAUAGAUCGAUUACAAAACUAUACAGGUAUUCAAGGGCAGGCUUUAAGAUGGUUUAAAUCCUACCUUUCCGAUCGCUAUCACUUUGUUUAUUUAAAUGAGGAGUCAUUUAAAUGAGGAUUAGUUUCCACUGUUAUGCAGAUGAUACUCAACUAUAUAUUUCAACAAGACCAGAUGAAAUUUCUGAACUAUCUAAGCUAACAGAGUGUGUUAAAAAUUUAAAAAGAUUGGAUGACCAAUACUUUUUUCCUAUUAAGACCAAGAUAUUACUUAUUGAACCAAAAAAUAGUACACAAAAUCUCUUGGAUUACAAUUUGCAACUAGACGGAUGUACUGUUACGUCCUCUAAAGUCAAAAAUCUUGUCUUUUGAAAAUAAUAUUUGACAUGUUACAAAAACAGUAUUCUUCCAUUUUAGAAACAUUGCCAAGCUUCGAAACAUGCUACCUGUUUCAGAUGCAGAAAAGCUAGUCCAUGCAUUCAUGACCUCUAGACUGGACUAUUGUAAUGCACUGUUAGCUGGUAGUCCUGCAUCUUCAAUAAACAAGCUACAGAUAGUCCAAAAUGCAGGGGCUAGAGUCCUUACCAGGUCAAGAAAAUAUGAUCAUAUUACCCCAAUUUAGGAUAGCAAAGUCCACUAAAGGAGGUAGAGCUUUUUCGUAUUUGGCGCAAUGAGCAAAUAGAGAGAGUUAUUCAUUGGUAACUCUGGAAUAGCCUUCCUGAUAACGUUCGGGGUUCGGACACACUCUCUCUGUUUAAAUCUAGAUUAAAGACACAUCUCUUUGGCCAAGCAUUCAAAUAAUGCAUCUCAUAAUCAUGUACUGCAGUUAUAUCUGCUUAAAUGCACAUUACUAUUCUUUAGCUUCGGUUAAACAAAUCAAUUUUGCUUGGUUGGAACAUCAGCUACGCUAAUUAUGUCUCUAUUUGUUUCUCUGUUUCUAGGAUAUACACAAGCUUCAGUCUGGAUCCAGAACGCCUGAGAAGAGAUGAUGCCAACCCCUCAGAGGACCUCAGAUGAUGCAAACCCUGAAACAAUAUACAGAACUACCAAAUGGUCAACAGAAUCACCACUGGUCAGGCGAGUUUGGUGGCCAGUCAAGCACACCAACACCAUGGUCAUUGAACCAGCUUUUGGUACCUUUGGCAGUGUGGGCAGGUGCCAAGUCCUGCUGGAAAAUGAAAUCAGCAUCUCCAUAAAGCUUGUCAGCAGAAGGAAGCAUGAAGUGCGCUAAAAUUUCCUGGUAGAUGGCUGCGUUGACUGUGGACAUCAGAAAACACAGUGGACCAACACCAGCAGAUGACAUGGCAGCCCAAAUCAUCACUGACUGUGGAAACUUCACACUGGACUUCAAGAAACAUGGAUUCUGUGCCUCUCCACUCUUCCUCCAGACUCUAGGACCUUGAUUUCCAAAUUAAAUGCAAAAUUUACUUUCAUCUGAAAAGAGGACCUUGGACCACUGAGCAACAGUCCAGUUCUUUUUCUCCACAGCCCAGGUAAGACGCUUCUGACGCUGUAUCAGCUUCAGAAGUGGAUUGGUAGCCCUUUUCCUGAAGACGCCUGAGCGUGGUGACUCUUGAUGCACUGACUCCAGCUUCAGUUCUCUCCUUGUGAAGCUCUCCGAAGUGUUUGAAUCAGCUUUGCUUAGAGUACUCUCAAGCUUGCAGUCAUCCCUGUUGCUUGUGCACCUUUUCCUACCCAAAUUCUUCCUUCCAGUCAACUUUGCAUUUAAUAUGCUUUGAUACAGCACUCCGUAAACAGCCACACCUUUCAGUAAUGACCCUCUGUGACUUACCCUCUUUGUGGAGGGCGUCAGUGUUCGUCUUCUGGAUCAUUGCCAAGUCAGCAGUCUUCUCCAUUAUUGUGGUUUCAAAGAACAAGAGAUACCCGGAAUUUAUACUGUAGGGAUGGUCAUUUAUUGAACCUCAAAUGUAAAUAU